AUGUUACACUUAGGUGGACCACAACUGCAGAAGGUUUUUAGAAGCCUAGAAGGAACUGAUGAGUUUCCGUUGAUUCUACUGGAAAAACCGUGGUAUGAUAAAGCAGUGGAGCGAUUGGACGCAUAUUUCAAACCCCGGCGACAAGAUGUACUCGAGAGGCACAAAUUACGUAAUAUGAAGCAAGGUGCUACCGAGCGUUUUGCGCAUUUUGUCCUACGUUUGCGACAGCAUUUAGUGGACUGUGGUUUGGAGAAAUACUCCAGUGAGGUGAAACAGGCUGUCGUCAAUGUAGGAUUCCGUUCAGCUGCAGCGGAGUUUUUCGUAGUAACGAACGGACAACGAAAUCUCUUGGGCGAUACUACUUCGAAACAACUUGGUGUUUUGAAGGUUGGCAAUGAAGUGAAUCAGGUGAAGGAAAAGGAUAUGCUAGUGCACAUCAAAAUGAAUCCAGCGAUCACGCCCUGUUUUCAACCUUUGCGUCGUAUUCCCAUUCCUAUGGAAUCUGCUGUUAAUCAGAAGCUAGACGAGUUGCUGAAGAGGGACAUUAUCGAAGCGAAGAAAGGACCUGUUACGUGGGUAUCACCGCUGGUGGUGGCCAAGAAAACAAAUGGUGAUAUACGUCUCUGUGUAGAUUUGCGACGCGUAAACCAAGCGGUGGUCAGAGAUCGACACCCGAUGCCAAUAAUUGAAGACAUAUUAAUGAGAAUUGGGAAGGGUAAAAUCUGGAUUGUCUUGGAUAUUAAAGAUGCAUUCUUUCUGCUGGAGCUAGAUGUUGAAACGCGAGACGUAAUGACUUUCAUUACUCAUAGAGGGUUAUACCGCUUUAAGCGCCUGCCUUUUGGAUUGGUCUCAGCGCCCGAGAUUUUUCAGCGGGCAAUGGACGAAAUUCUCGCCGAUUGUGAGGGUUGUUACUGGUACCUUGAUGACGUGAUGAUCGAGGGAAGCACCGAUGAGGAACAUGAUGCUCGUUUGAACAAGGUAUAG